GUGGGCUCGCCCAAGAAGCCGACCCUAAAAAAAAAUGUAAAUACGAGGGCUAAAAAAUUUCUGUAAAAUUUGUCGGCUUGUUAAAUCCAACCAUCUGAACUGAGCUUGGUAUUACUGUUGAAGAUUGAAAACGAUGUCGGAUGAGGACAGAGAGGAGAGGGAGCUGGAUCUCACCUCUCCUGAAGUCGUUACCAAAUAUAAAUCCGCCGCCGAAAUUGUUAACAAGGCAUUGCAGUUAGUGUUGUCAGAAUGCAAGCCCAAGGCUAAAAUAGUUGACAUUUGUGAGAAAGGGGAUGCUUUUACCAGAGAGCAAUCAGGGAAUAUGUACAAGAAUGCGAAGAAGAAGAUCGAAAGGGGUGUGGCAUUCCCCACUUGCAUUUCAGUGAACAAUACAGUCUGCCAUUUUUCACCAUUAGCCAGUGACGAGACUGUGUUGGAAGAGGGUGAUAUGUUGAAAAUUGACAUGGGUUGUCACAUAGAUGGGUUUAUUGCCGUAGUAGCACACACCCAUGUUCUGCAGCAAGGACCGGUGACUGGCAGAACAGCUGAUGUCAUUGCUGCUGCAAAUACAGCUGCUGAGGUUGCUUUGAGGCUCGUGAGGCCAGGAAAAAAGAACAAGGAUGUCACUGAUGCAAUUCAAAAAGUUGCUGCUGCUUAUGACUGCAAGAUUGUUGAAGGGGUUCUCAGUCAUCAAAUGAAACGAUUCGUGAUAGAUGGGAACAAGGUUGUAUUGAGUGUCUCUAGCCCGGAGACAAGAGUUGACGAAGCUGAAUUUGAGGAAAACGAGGUUUAUUCUAUUGAUAUAGUUACAAGCACUGGCGAAGGCAAGCCUAAGUUGUUGGAUGAGAAACAGACUACCAUAUAUAAAAGAGCAGUUGACAGGAAUUACCACCUGAAGAUGAAAGCAUCUCGAUUCAUAUUUAGCGAGAUAAGUGAGAAAUUCCGGAUUAUGCCAUUUACUGCUAGGGCUUUGGAAGAGAAGCGU